UGCAUUAUAUAAAGGACUAAAUUUCUCUUUCAUGCUCGCGUAACAAUGAUUCGUUUAGUUCUAGGAAGCUUUUUAAUUAUAAGUCACAUCUAUGAUGUGGAACCAGCACCCACAGAAAAUUAUCCUUAUUCUGAGGCACUAGCGAGUAAGUACAUGCUGUACUGGAAAUACAAUGCCACGCAUAUAACGUUCGAGACACACGUGCAAGCCCUUGGAUAUACAGGUUUUGGUAUAUCCGCGAACGGUUCAAUGUUCCCCGGGGACGUCAUAAUAGGAUAUGUUUCCCAUCAUCAAGGUUAUCUAACUGAUUUUCACACAACAGCACAUGCCCCUCCAACCGUGGACAGUUCCCAGGACUGGACGCUUAUCAGUUUCAGUGAAGACAAUGGCAGCACAGUUCUUAAAUUCUCCAGGGCUCUUCACCCUAACGACAGCGAUGAUUACCCUAUCCAUGCUGGUGUAACUCAUGUUAUAUGGUCAUACAGUACAACUGACCCGAAGUCUCCGACAGACAUGAUAUACCAUGACGCUACUCGUGGAAGCAAGGACAUCAUACUACUAACUAAAGACCCAGUUGCAGUUGGCAAAUGAAAACUUUAAAGGAAUAUAUGUCGGGAAAAACAUCAAACUUUGAUAUCUUUCUGUUGAUUUUUUCCUUUUUGAUUUGAAAAUAAUGUAAAACUUCUCCAUGCCUGUUGUGUACCUAACUUCUUGACAUUAUAAAUAUUUCACAUA